CAUAUCAACAUCAACAAGAAAAACGCAUUUGGUAGCUGAAAAUGCGAACUGAUUGCAAUAUAUAAAAGUGCUUAAAUCUAACGUAGUUUGUGUGUGUGUGUAUGUGUAUUAAUGCGCAUUGCGAAUAAAUAAAUGAUGCCCUACAAUAUGCGUGCCUGCGGCAGCAACGCCAUGGUACGUGAGUACGCUGGCGGCAGCCUCAACGGCAUUUUGCGCAAAACAGGAGCCUCCGCAGGAGGCGCAGCAACAGCUUCCGGCGUGGGCGCCAAUGGGUUAGCGUAUGGCGCUGCAUCAACGGAUCCGCGACAGCCGCCACUGGAGCUGCUCGUUUUUGGCUAUGCGUGCAAAAUAUUCCGUGACGAUGAGAAGGCGCGCGAGAUGGAUCAUGGCAAACAGCUGAUACCCUGGAUGGGCGAUGUAAAUCUCAAAAUAGACAGAUAUGACGUGCGUGGAGCGCUGUGCGAACUUUCUACCUAUGAGGCACCACCUGGUGGCUAUGGAAAUCGUCUUGAAUAUCUCAGCACCGAGGAGCAGCGGGCGGAGCAGCUGUGCGAAGAGGAGCGCUAUCUGUUCCUAUACAACAACGAAGAAGAGCUACGGCUGCAGCAAGAGGAGGAUCUGAAGCGUCUGCAGCAGGAGACAUCCGGUGGCAACUAUAGCCAAGUAGAUUUCCAUUACGAUGGCCAAUCAACAUGUGGUUCAUCUGGUGCAGAUGCUGCCACCUCACCAACGUCAGAGUCAUCGACGCUGGCCGAGGAAUCCGAGCUACCCUACACACUGCCACCCAGUCUUCUCGUGGCGCCCGCUCCAGGCAUGCAGUUGCCGGAGACAAUGAAGCAGCAUGCAAUUAUUGAGAAGACGGCACGUUUCAUUGCCACCCAGGGCGCCCAGAUGGAGAUCCUGAUCAAAGCCAAGCAAGCCAACAAUGCACAGUUUGAUUUUCUGUCGCAGGGCGGCCAGUUGCAACCAUAUUAUCGUCAUCUUCUUUCCGCCAUCAAGCAGGGAAAAUUUGCGGCAUCAGUGCCGGCGGCGACAACGGACAAUUCUAAUGUGACGGGCGAAAACAGCGCGUCUUCAAACAGUCCGAAGCGUAGCCAGCAGAUCAUAACGGUGCCCACCAUCAAGUACAAACCGUCGGCCAAUUGCGCCUACACGCAGCUCAUCAGCAAAAUCAAAGGUGUUCCGCUGCAGACAGUAUUGGACGAUGAGAACGCUUCACAGCAUUCCGCCGGAACCGCCUCGCCCACGCCCAGCUGCAAGUCCGAGGGCCAGAGUCAAAGCAGCAUUGCCGCCCCAGCAUCCAACGGCGAGUUUACGCCCGUUCUGUUGCAGUACAAUGGCAGCACAUUUGCCCACGAGGCGGAGGAGGACAACGCCAACGAUGCGCUGCCUAAGGUUGAGCUAUUAAAAAACACCAGUGCUCUGGCGCUUGCCCAAAAUUAUAGCUCCGAUAGCGACGACGAGCAGGACGCGGACGAUGACAACAGUCAACAACGGACUCAAGAAGCCACGCAAUCAGGCGCCGCCACUGGCGCUCUGACCACCGCCACGAAAAAACCCACUGCGGUGCUAGCACCACCACCGCUUUUAACUUUUCCUCUACCCGAGGAGACGCUGCGCCACAUCAUCGACAAGACGGCCACGUAUGUAAUUAAGAACGGUCGCCAGUUUGAGGAGACGCUGCGCACCAAAAGCGUCGAACGUUUCAAUUUUUUGCUGCCGGACCACAAAUUCUAUGCGUAUUACAUGUACAAAAUAACCGGCGAUGUGGACGCCGCUUCUAAGGAGGAGAAGACGCGCAAAGCGGCUGCCGUUGCCGCUGCACUGAUAAGCAAAAAAGGUCUUGGUGGCGCUAAUGCAACUGCUGGAGCUGGUGCUACUACAGCCUCGACAGCUGCUGGUACCAGAGCGACUGAAAAGGCGCACGUGUGCUUCGCCAUACGCGCACGCGAUGAGAACGCGACGUUGCACCCAGCACUGCCACAGGAGGCAAGCGAUGAUGAUGAGCUGAAGGCAAAAUCAAGUGCAGAGCAAGCGCGCCCUGGCAUGCCAGACAGCGUGCAACGCGCCAUCAAGCAAGUAGAGACGCAGCUGCUGGCUAGAACUGGCGCCCCAAAAGCCACUUCGGCAACGACAGCGACUUCCCCACUCAAAGAGCAACGACAGGCCGAGGAGCGUGUCAAGGACAAACUGGCACAGAUCGCACGUGAUAAGCUAAAUGGUAUAAUGUCGCGCGAGAAGCAAUUGCAGCUGGAGCGCAAGCGCAAGGCCAUGGCCUUUCUCAAUCAAAUCAAAUGUGAAGGUACGGCUAUUGGCACAAUUACUGGAUCGGAUACGAUAACCACAGAAACAGCUGCUGGGAAUGCAGAUUCGGUAGCGGAGGCAGCUGACAUCAAUGGUGACUCGAAUGAUUCGGUGCGCUCCAUACCCAUCACUUACUUUGGACCUGAUGAUGAUGAGGAUGACGAUGAUGACGACGACGACGAAGAGGACAAUGAUGUGGGCGUGCGGACGGCAUCAGCUCCACCGCCGCUCAGAACGGCUAAUGCAGAGGAUGAUGAGGAUGAUGACGGAGAUCUGGAAAAGUACAAUUUACUUAACGAUGAUAGUACCAAUACAUUUACCAGCAAGGUGGCAGCGGCAGCAGCAGCAGCGCCCGUCCUGCUCUCCGAUGACGACGAUGUGCAGUUGGUAUCCACCGCUGCCGCACCACAGUCAGUGUCGUCAGCUUCAUCAGCUGUGCGUCAUCGUAAGACUGGCCGUCGAAGUCGCAGUCACAGCAGCAGCAGCUGCUGCUCCAUAGCGCAAGAUGCUUCCGUGACCUCAUCCAACAGUAGUCCUAGUUGCCGACGCAGUCGUAGUCGGAGUCGCAGUGCCCAUCGGCAGCGCCGCAAGCGCAAAUCCAGUGCCAUUGCCAAACAUAGACGCCGCCGUCGCAGUCGCAGUACAUCGCGCAGUUCGCGUCACAAGCAGCGCAGUCGCAGUCGUAGCAGCAGCCAUUCUAGCUUACGCCGCCAUCGCGAGCAUCACCGGGAUAAGGAGGAGUCCUUGUCGCGCAGAAGAAAUCACCAGCGCCAGCCGAGCAAAAAGAGUCACAAGCGCCACAAGCGACGUCGACGCAGCAGCGGAGGAUCCGCCUCGCAAUGAACCGUGUCUUUGCAUCUAAAGCAUUUUAGAUUUUAGGUUUAAGAAUUGUACAUUUCCUUCUUUUUUUUUAAUGUUGAGCAAUGUUUCGCAUGCGAUGCAUUGAGUAUGGUCGUCAGUAAUAAAAUUUAGGUGUACAAA